AUGAGCGAAGAUCGCCCUCCUCCCUCGGACGACGAGGUGGUCGCGCUCGUCCGCAAGACCAUCGAGCAGGUCCGCGAGGACACCACCCGCCGCACCGAGCCCGACGUCGUCAAGGACCUCGCCCAGCCCGGCAUCACCAUUGACCUGGGCCACCAUGGCAUCCGCCGCUUGCCCGAGGACGUCAUCGACAUUAUCAAGGCCGACAUCGAGAGGCUCGCGCUUUCGCAUAAUUCGUUCAGCACCUUGCCCCUCCGCAUGUUAGAGUGCGCCCGCUUACGAUACCUGAAUGUUCGCUUCAACGCCCUGCGCGAGUUUCCUCCGGCCAUUCUACAAUUGCCAACCUUGGAGAUCCUCGAUGUCAGCAAGAACAAGAUCAGGGAAAUCCCGGAGGAAAUAGCGAACCUCACCUCGCUGAAGGUUCUCGCCAUUCAGCGGAACAGGAUCGAGCGGCUUCCCGUAUGCCUCGGUGAUAUCAGCAGCCUGCACAUGCUGAAGCUUGAUGGCAACCCCAUUGCGUUUCCUCCGCCAGAAAUAUGCAGCAUUAAAGAUAAGACGCCGGCCCCGUCGGGCGAUAACGAGCGGGACGCCCUUAUCACGACUCAGGUGAAGCGGUACCUUCGCCAAGUCGCCACACGUGAACGACUCAAAGUCGAGUCCGAGGAGGACUCAGGUGAGAGCAAUGUGGAGACGCCUCGUCCGCCCCGAUCGAAAGGAGGAGGCGGUGGCGGUGGUGGACGAUUCCCAGUCAAACCCAGCAUCAGCAGCUUGGACUCGUUCGGAGACAAGCCCAAGUCCGACUCGCCCAACAGUACUCCAGCGCCUCCCAUCCCGGCUCGCUCUCAUUACCGAGUCCAGUCGCAACAGAAUGCAAGCAUGCGCCGUCCUGCUAUCGGCCCCGUCACAUCCAACGGCAACGAGCGCAACCGCAGCCAUAGUGAGGGUGCUGGAGCAGGAACUAUGCGCUCAAAACGGAUGGGAAUGGUGACGCGCAAGGCAACAACCGAUCUUGCACCGGUGAACGAAGGGAAAGCCAACGGCCCGGCCCAUUCUCGCGGUUUCAGCCACGGCUCAGCUCUUUCCGAGUUCCCUGGCAGUGGCUUCCCUGCCGCCUCAGCAAACGGCGAUCAGGCCAGGUCCAGGCUCAAUUCUAUUCGUCCGCUGUCAGACCUCGUGGAACACAAACCAUGGUCCAACGAGUACGACGAUGCCGUCCAGGCUUGCCGCCUGUCCGCCGAAUCCGCUCUGGACUUUCUCGCUCCCACCGAAAGGCUGCUGCGACGUGUCAAUCUGCCAAGUCAGCAUGCCCUCAUGACCCAGUUUCAGAAAACACGAGCAAGCGCCUAUGCUUUGUCCGAGCUGGUCAAUCGCUACAACGCUUUGACGGAAGAUCAAGAGGAUGAGGCGGAUUAUUUGUUCAGCAAAUUGCUGGACGAAAGCGAGGCCUGUAUGGAUCUCCUUAUCGAGUUGGAAAUUCAGAUGCAUGACUCGGAGGACGAAGUGGGCAGAGCAGUCAACGACACCGGCGUUCGGAGCGCUUGGCGAGCGCAGAUCAAUGCGCAGUACAUGGGUGCGGUGGAGGCUCGCAAUGCGUGCGAGGUACUCGGCGUGGAGUUUGCAGAACCUACCAAGGCCGAUGCCCGCUAUGCUAGGUCGUCUACUACGCCAACUCAGACAAUGCCACACCCAGACCAGCGGUCACAGGCAACCCAAGGGAUGGGCUUCGACCCUAACGGCAACGCGAACGGAGUUUACGGGCUUACACCGCCAAUGCAUCCCAACGGCCGCACCAACACGUUGACUAGCAUCGCUUCGGCUGCCACUCCCCGCUCGGGCGAAUCCUUCGUUACCCUGGGCUCUGUCGCCAUUUCGCGCACCAGUACUAUGAGAAGCGUGGAAGAGUCGGAUGAAGAGCAGAUCUUCGAACGCAUCUGGCAGAAGCUUAGGCAUGCCUGCGCAUUUACCCUGCAGAAUCUGCCGGUGUGCCACGAAAGAUUCGAGCAAGCAUGCAUCGCGUCGCGGGAUGACGGUGAGCGUGGCCACAUGGCAUACCCCAGAUGGAUGCGGGUUUUAGAGCGAUCCACCGAAGCCCAUCAAGCAGCAACGUCGCUAAACGAGGUCCUCAAGACGAUCAAACUGAGGGAUGCAGAGUUCCGCAACUCGCAGCGAUUCUGGGAGCUCUGCACAGCAUGGGUCAAAGCGUGGAGCGAUCUGGCUGUGGCGGUCAAGCAACUCGGACAGAUGGGUCAAUUGCCCGAGGACGUCAAGCAAGUCAUGAAGCCUGUCCAGAAAGCCGUCAAGGAGGCGGGAGGUGCAAUCACCACCUCACCAUGGAGCCACCUUGCUGUGCGCAACGACUCUUCGGCAGUGUUCCCACCCCAAUCGGCCCUGUCAAUGCGUUCAUCCGACACUCGUCACUUGGGCCACGGCUUUAAUGGCCUCAGUACAUCUUCCAUGCCCGGCCCGAUCAACACGGCUAUACCCCCCCACUCCAACUAUAACCACUCCGCUACUCCCUCAUCCUCCAUGGGCUUUGUCACACCUGUGCCCGCUACUCCUCUAAGCGCUGCGCUUGGGGCUGCGGCACAGGCCACGGUGCCGAGUACACCUGGCCAUGCACCGACUUCUACGCCCGUUGAUCCCCCUAUGACGGGUCGAUUCGCUGGCAAUGUCUUUGAAAGGGCUGACCGCCUCCUUCAGCAAACCCAGCGUCGCAUCUGA